AUGAUGUUCAGUAGGUGGAAGGACUUCCCUUCUGGUCUCUCCCCAGGGGUUCACACCUACACACGCUCCUACAGCGCCUCUGUCACAAUAGCUGCUGCUAGACAGAACACCGCCUUCCUGUCCUGCCACCUUGCAAAUCAAAAAGUUGAUGACUCAAGCAUGGCAGCCACCCUGGAGCCAUAUGUGGCUCCAGAUGGCGAAAGAAAACCCAACUCUGUCCAUCAGCUUAUAAAGCAGAUUGACUCUCCACAGGCUGGACCAGCCGAAUCAGCUGCUGCCUCCACGAACAAGCCCCCAAGCCGAAAGGGCGGGCCGAUGCGACCAAGGCCGGAGACAAACUCUGAUGGAGAGUCUGGACCCCCCACCAGUCGUUUCCCUCAGUUCAAAGUGCCAGCUAUACCCGAAGGCUUCAACAAUGCCUACCAAUUGGUGAGAGCAUUGGAGAUGCAGAGGCAAAUUCGGCUUUUAAUCCGGGUUACCAGAGAUCAAGUCUCUUAUGAUGUGGAGCUGAUCACUUCACAUCCUCAGGUCGUGGAAGCUUCCCGAAUGUCAGUAGGGAAGACUCCAACCAGGCAAGUCAUGGUGACUAUGAAAGGUGGUGGAGGCUUCCCGAAUCCGACACCGAACGUCUCCAAUAUAAAGGAGUUUCCGGACAUGCCAAAGAAGCAGAGAAAGAGCCAAAGGAAUAAAGGUUCUAAGAACGCUUCAAAGCCCUCCCCAAGAGACGAUGAUCUCUUUGAUGAGGAUGAGACUCCCAUGCCAUCACAGCCAAAAAAGGCUGAAUCUGUGCAGCCAGAGCCAGAGCACACUGACCUUGCCCAGGCAAGACCAGUAAAGAGAAACACAGAUAAAAAUGGAACCAGGGAUAGCCUGACAACAGAUGAAGACCCCUCAACCAGCGAGGACUUCGCAAUGAUGUCAGAGUCCGAUUGUGAUGAUGUCUCAGAUGUAACUAUUGUCUAG